CCGGAAACUACACUUUAAAAUGAGAACCAGCCCAAUUCCAAACCACCACCCACCCACCGCAUGCCACAAGACGCGAUGAGCUCGCCCCCUGUAGUAUCGCCGAUGGCGAAGAAGCGGCGGUUGGAGGUCCGUCGAUCGAAGAAGGGAAGCCAGAAGCAGAAACUGCUCUUCCUGCAACGACGUGUGUAUGACUUGGAAGGUGUUUUGGACAAAGCCAAGCGCAACUUUAGCACGUUGCUACCGUGGGAAGAAGUCGCGAAGGCUCUCCAAGAUGAUACGCUGGACCAGGUGAGGGACAACCGGAGUCUGAAGCGCCAGGUGGAGGUUCAGAGUUGCAUGUACCAAGUCUUGCACGCGUGGGUCGUGAGCAUGCGGCCGCCCGAGAAACUGCUAGACGCCCAUGUCGACACGUGGAGACAUUCACAUCUCUUGUCUGGCGACGCCGAAACCCGUCGCAUGGCCCAGUCGUGGAUCGUCCAGCAUGCGUUCUUCAACCGCGAUCGGUCCAUGGCGCGCAUGUACUUUCCCGACGACACGGCCGACCCGGUGAUGGAAGCCGAGGUGGACGUGACCGACGACCUCCAGUUCAACAUCAUGGCCAUGUCCCAGUGCGUGGUGCCGUACUCCCUCGACGAGGUCUCGGAAGCGGCGUGGAUUGCCGACAACCACUUCCCCACCCAUCGCCACCUCCCGCGACUGCCCCCCGCCGACGACCUGCGGCGGCUCACCCAGGGCGAUGUCCGGUACGGCUGCGACGACGAAGUCAUCGUGCCCAUCCGCAAGCAAUGUCUCCACGGGAAGUUCCAUGAGCCGGAUCGCACCACAAUCGUCUUCCGCACGAUUCUGCACGACGAUGACGCACCCGCGGCCGCCCCGGACCAGUGGAUUGUGGACAUGCAGGAAUGGUACUAUGCUUAUGUGGCAGUAAUGACGUCAUGUUAUGACGAAGACGGGAUAGGACGGUAGUGGAGCACGUCGGGCCGCGGACCACGCGCGUGCGGUCGCUGUACCAGAUCGGCCACCCCGUGUCGCAGAACGGCCCGGCGUCCGUGGCGGCGGUGGGGAGGGCCGUGGGCGCAUCGGCAUUCGACGUGGCGACCGUCCGUCGUCGCAUCGAAUGGAUGCAUCUCCAGCAGAGACAAGUGUUCCUCGACCAUUUGGAUCGCGUCCUCGUGUGUUUGCACGGGCGUAGAUAGAGUGUAGUUGGUUCUGUUGAGAUGUGUCCACGCGUUCUCUUGUUAAGGCGUACUAUAAGACUGUGAGAACUCUGACGCAGCAUAUCAAUAUGUACCUCUCGACCUCUUAGGCAGCCCCGCGUGAUGCUGGGACCAGCUUGAACCGAGGACUGGGAUUCGAUGGCCAUAUCCUUGACGGCGUGCUUGAGUGCACGGCCGACGCGACUGAAUCCAUGUCUCGUGAGCAUGCGUGCAAGCGUCGUCGCCGUGGCCUUCGUCGUCCCGAGCAACAUCACCUCGUCUCUCUCAUGCAUGCAGAAGAUCCUGGCAGAAACGUUCAUCUUAUGCCAUUCAACGAAAUAUGAACUUAUUUUGAGCGGAUCACUUAUAAUUAAUAUCAG